ACAACAGUCAGUUAAGAGCCGACUAUCGGACGUAACCAAGCCAAGAUACCCUAAUCACGAAUCCAGUGUUUUCUUUCAACAUUUUCGACCAGUGACUGUAAAGAAAAACAUUUUCGCAAAAGUGCAUUUUGAAAAAGGAAUUGUGUUUAUUAGUAUUGUAUGAAGUGAGUUCAGUUCAAAAAUGGAAUCGGAAAUAAGCAAGAUGCAAACGAAAUUGCCGUCGAAAAACUUUUCGAUCGAGUCGAUAGUCGGCAUCGAUCGCCGGUCCCCGGAAAUCGACAUCGAGAGCAGCAUUUCCCAGGAUUUUUCCGGGACUCAAGACCAUUCUGAGGACGAAGAUGUGAAAAUACGGGACGGGAAAAUGGGGUAUUGGAACGGGGGGUACCAAAAUCGCGUGCCGAAUUUUCCGUUUUUCAUGUCCUACGAAAAGAGGAUGGGAGGGUUUCCUGAAGGACAGGGGCAAGAGGACUUGAAGAGGGCGAGUCCAGGGAGUGUCCGGAGCGAAGUCGACAGCGACGGGGUUGAUGACAGGCCUCACGAAUCGCUAAGUCCUCAGUCGGAACAAAUGACCAACUCAAAUGCGGCGCCAGAUCCUAAUAUAAGGAGAUACAGAACAGCUUUCACACGAGAGCAAUUAGCCCGUCUAGAGAAGGAGUUUAUGAAGGAGAACUAUGUGUCGCGCCCGCGCCGAUGCGAGCUGGCAGCGCAGCUGCAACUGCCAGAAUCAACUAUCAAGGUAUGGUUCCAAAACCGUCGGAUGAAGGAUAAGAGACAAAGAAUAGCCGUAGCAUGGCCUUACGCGGCCGUCUACAGCGAUCCGGCUUUCGCGGCUUCCAUACUACAGGCUGCCGCGUCGUCCGUCGGCUUGCCCUACGGUUACCCCUCCCCGGGAUUACCCUUACCCUUUCACAACCCGCAGCUUUUGCCCGCGGGUUACCCGUACCCCUACCCACCUUACCCGCGUUACCCCUAUUUACCCCCUACCCCGUCUUCACCCGUUAACCCCGAUGUAAGACCAGCUUACUCGAAUUUUAAUAUUAAUGUAGAUAAAUAAGUAGUUGUAAAUAUCAAUGUGGUGGUUACAAUUAAUUGGUAUCUCUAUUAGCGGUUUAGCAUGGUGUAAACGGGACAGAAAUCCAGCGUUCGGCUUUGUGGAAAAGGGACAAAUAGAGCGAUAAGGGUGUUAUGGCGCGUUGUAAUCGGAACAUUUUUUUACUAGCCUAGAUUGUCGCACUGCUGGGUCGGAACAAUCAAAACUAUACCCUAUUUAAUAUAGUACGAUUAGAGUGACAUCUCUCGUCUCUUUCACACUUAGCAAUGUAUUAGAUCUCUGUCCUUCUAAUAUAAAUAGAGUAUAACGCCACAGAAAACGUAAUUUUUGACAGUUGUUACCGAUGUCAUCAAGUGUCACACGAUCUUUCUGGGUCUGUAUUAAGAAAUGUUCUGACAGCUGUCAUUCACACAAUGCUAGAGUGAUAAUAAUUAUAUCCGCAUUCUGAGAUGUUAACGCGAAGCUUUCUCGAUCCAUCCUGUGUUGAGGCGACCUCAAGAAAGACCUCGAACUUAGCUGAAAAUAAAGUAAUCUCAACUUCGAAAUUGUCCUCAAGAUCGUAUUUUGGCGGCGAGGGUGUGCUGCCGCCAAAGGAUGUUUUUCGAAGUACCGAACAGAGCAUAGAACCCCGCUAGUCACAAGUAAAGUCUAAACACCCUAAACUAAAGUCACCGACAUAGCUCGGAGAAUUGCAAAGCUGAAGUGGCAGUGGGCAGGACACAUAGCGAGGAGAACCUAUGGCCGCUGGGGCGGAAGGGUUCUGGAGUGGCGACCACGUGUCUGACGACGCUUAGUGGGUAGGCCCGCUACAAGGUGGAUCGACGAUCUGGUGAAGGUCGCGGGAAGCCGCUGGAUGAGAUCCUUGGAAGGCCUAUGCCCAGCAGUGGGCGUCGUACGGCUGCUGAUGAUGAGUCACAAGUAAGUAGUGUGACUAGGGAUUGACGAUCCAACGGUGUUAUGUUGGAAAUUAUAUAUAUGCGUCUUGCUGUGUAAACUUCGAUAUCGCGUUUCACGACUGGUUGUUGACUGUAUUAUCGAAUGUGGCGCCAUCUGUUGCAUGUGGGCGGAACUAGCUGGCCAGCUAGUUGGGUCCGCCACAGUAUCAACAUGACAGUUCUUUUAUAAAAAGCAGGGACUUGAGCAUGAUCUUGAGGGUCACCUGAGAAUAUUUAUUAAUACCACCCUUAGACGUCGCCGCAACCUUACCCCGAGUCUACUCCAGUCAGGUUGAGUGUCAUGACGUUAUAAUUUUCGUAUUAUUAUGUUGGCAGUAUGAUAUGCUCGACUCUAGUGAGCAGUCCUCAAGUCGAGGAUGUAGAUGUCAACUUAAAAUACCAAAAUGCACAGCUGAGGCAGAGUGGAGUGGAGAAAGAGUCGACUGAACAUCUUAGAAUACGGGUGAUAGAGUCUGGUAGAGAAGUUUAUGUGAAAAUUGGCUUUAUUUGUUGUAUAUUGAAGGGAUAAUUGGAGUACGAAGUUGGGUUUCUACUUAAAUAUCAAUUGUAUAUACAUACUUGGAUCGAAACAAGCGUGUCUAUUGCGCGUUUUCUCUAAAAAAAAAACAAAUUCGAACGUCAUUAUUCAAAAAGGCGCUUAUGUGGUUUUCACUAUAUAGGCGACGAUUUAUUUUAAUUUAA